GACCGGACCGGAGCGGAGCGGGCCAUGGCCCUGCCCCGGGGUCCGAGGGAGCCCGAGGUGUACGUUCUGGUGGAGCACGGGUUCCAGUACACGGGCCGGGACGGGCUGCCCGUCGCCAUCCAGCCCAACGAGCGAUACCAGCUCCUGCGGAGAAGCAACGCGCACUGGUGGCACGUGCGCAGGGACCCGUCCAGCCGCCCCUUCUACCUGCCCGCGCUCUACGUGCGGGAGCUCCCGCCCCCGGGCCGCAGCGCCCCCGCCCCGGACCCCGGCCCCGGCCCGCCGGCCCCGGCCCCGGACUCUCCCCGCAGCCGCUGCGCCCCGGAGCCGUUGACCUACCACUACAAGUUUGUGAGCGCCCCCGCCGCCCCUCCCGACAGGGGCCCGGGACCCCAGCCCCAGCCCCGGCCCCCGCCGGACGAUGGGGAACCUGAAUACCCCACCUUGAGCUUCGUACCCCCGGGCAGCGGCCGUUUGGACGGCGCCCCCCCGGACGGCGCCCCUCCUCCCAGCCCUUCCCCGGACAGCGCUCCUCCGAACAGUGCUCCUCCGGACAGCGUUGCCCUGGAUAGCGCUCCCCUGGACAGCGCCCCUCCGGACAAUGCUCCUCCGGACUGCGCCCCCUCGGACAGCGCCCCUCCGGACAGCGUUCCCCCCCCGGCCAGCGGCCCACCGGACAGUGCCAUCGGGCGCUUCAGCUCCUUCCGCAGCCCAGAGCGGGGCCCGAGGCCCGGCCAGGGCAGCCAGCCAGGCCCGGGGCUCCGCUCCAGCCUCUACCUCCACGACGGCCCCGCCAUCCGGGCCUCGCAGUCUCUGGACGAUCUGGCGCGCCCCCCGGCCGGCGCCUCCGGGGCCCGCACAAAGGGGCCGCCCAAAGCCUUGAGCGUGGCCGGCUCCUGGGUCUGUCCCCGCAAGCUCUCCGGCAGCGAGGAGGACCACAUCUACGAGACCGUCCGGGACUCGAAGGGGCCGGCCGACACCGACCGUCCGGCCUGGCCGGGCCCCACCGCACAGCCUCCCGCAUUGAGCCCCAAGCCCGCCACCCCGAGGGGCAGCAGCAGGUGCUCGGGCCACCUGGGCCUGACCCGGUUCCACUGGGCUGGCGGCUGUGGGGAGGGGUUAAGUCCGAGGAGGCCCCUCCUCCGCUCCGGGCCCGCCCCCGGGUCCGCGGUGACCGGGAGAGAGAGGCACCUGUGGGGAGGGGACGCCCGAGCGAGCUGGGCCGGAAGAAGGCAGGAAGGAGGAGUGACCGGCCAAGGCCACUUUGCGCUGGCCACCCCCAACCUGCCCGAUCUCACCCCCGGUCUGCCCCAGCUCAGCCCCCAUUCUGACCCCCAGGCCCCAGGUUCCCAGGGUCUCCUGGCUGUGGAGCCUCAGGCUGUGUGGUUGAGGCAGAUGAGCUCCCAGGGGCAGGGGGAGCUGGCGGGCAGGCAGGCUGAAGGUUUAGGAGGAGGAGGGGAGCAGAUAGCAUCCUGCAGAGGCUGGCAGGGAGCCUCUGCCUUCACUGCAGCCACCGAGAGGGCUGGCAGGGCUGUGGCCACGCCGGGGUGGGGCCACCCCUGCCUACCUCUGGCCUCCUGCUGUCCUUGGGCUAUCUUUGCCUACCUUUGCUCCUCUGGCCUCGAUCUCUUCCUGCUGCUCCUGAGCCACCCCUGCCUACACCUGCCCCACUGCCCCUGGGCUGCGCCUGCCCUCCUGCUGCCCUUACUCUUCCUCCAGGCCCUGCUUCCUUACCUGGCACAGGCCCUGGAGCUCCCCAAGAGGCCCCCGCCUCCGGCUUGGUGUCUGCAACCCCAGCAACGCUUCCGCCUUGAAGCCCAGCAGGAAGCCAGCUGCACCCUCCCGCCAUCUCAGGACGACCGCUGCUGCUUCCCUGUUGGGAUGGUAGACAUGAUGGCAAAGCGGUCAGGGGGUGGUCGCAGUGCACGGCUCACCCGGGCGGCUCAGCAGGUGAGCAGCAGUCCAGCUCCCCCAGACCCAGUGUACGUGAACUUGGAGGCUCUGCGGAGGGUUGUCCCGCCUGACUCCUGGGAGACGCAUACUGAUGCGGACAGUGGACAGCCUUACUACUACAACCCUGGUACCGGAGAGACCACGUGGGAGCCCCCGGCUGGCCUGGGGCCCUCCUCGCCCAUCCCCGCCAGCCCUGUGGCCCUGGAGUCCCCGGAGGCCUCAGAGAUCCUAGAGGUCCCAGAGGUGGAGUGGGAGAAAUACUGGGACGAGGAGAGCCAGCACGUCUUCUAUUACAACCCGCUGACCAGGGAAGCCAUGUGGGAGGAGCCCAGCCUCCUGGAGAUGCAGCCUGACCCAAACAGUCCCUGCAGCCCCCUAGAUCCAAGGCCCCCUACGCCGGAGACAGACUACCCUGGUGCUCUGGACGGCUACCCCGCUGAGGACUACUUCCCCGGGGACGAUGACGAUGGCGCUCCCCUCUCCCCGCAGCUCUGUGAGGAUGAGGCCCUGUCUCCUGGAUGGCGCUGCCACAUCACGGACGAUGGGCAGAGAUUCUAUACGAGCCUCUACACACAGGGCCGGUGGAUUGAAUCUGAAGAUGACCAGGGAAAACCGUAUUUCUACAAUCCCGAUGAGCAUUUGUCCCUGUGGGAGCUGCCGCAGGUCCAGAUCCCCAGUCCCCAUUCCCUCCCCGAGGCCAGCAGUGAAUCCAGCCUGGACAGUGGCCCCCUGGGACCCUGGCCAGAGCCCAACAAGCCCGAGGAGAAGGUAAAGACCCUUGAUAAAGCUGGUGUCCUCUUCCGGACCAGAACUGUGGACAGAGGGAAGCGUCUGCGAAAGAAGAACUGGAGUUCAUCCUGGACAGUGCUGGAAGGUGGCGUACUGACCUUCUUUAAAGAUUCGAAGGCCUCGGCUGCCAGCGGUUUGAGGCAACCAUCCAAGCUGUCCACGCCUGAGUUCACGGUGGAGCUGCGGGGUGCGGUCAUGUCCUGGGCAUCGAGGGACAAGUCCAGCAAGAAAAACGUCCUCGAGCUGAAGAGCAGAGAUGGCUCGGAGUACCUGAUCCGGCAUGACUCAGAGACCAUCAUUGCCACCUGGCACACGGCGAUCGCCGAAGGCAUCCGGUCUGCAGAUUUGCCUCCCGAGAGCGAGAACACAUCUGGUUCUGGGGCCAGUGAGAGGCUGGAUGGUGGAAGGGACAAGAAGGAGGAAGAGGAUAGAAGGCACCUAGGCCAUUCCCAGGCCGCUGGUCCCCCUAGCCACGAGACUCUUGAUUCCCGCAAAGUUGGCUACAAACUGCGCAAGUUUCUGCUGCGGAGGCCCACCCUGCAGGCCCUGCGGGACAAGGGCUACAUCAAAGACCAGGUGUUUGGCUGUUCCCUGCCCGUACUGUGUGAGCGAGAGAAGCGGUCGGUUCCGGCUUUCGUGCAACAGUGCAUCCAGGCUGUGGAGGCUCGGGGGCUGGACAUCGAUGGGCUGUACCGCAUCAGCGGGAACCUGGCCACCAUUCAGAAACUGCGCUACAGAGUGGAUCGCGAGGAGCAUCUUGACCUGCAGGACGGGCGCUGGGAAGAUGUCCACAUCCUAACUGGGGCCCUGAAACUCUUCUUCCGGGAGCUACCUGAGCCUCUCUUCCCAUUCAGCCACUUUCAGCAGUUCAUCGCAGCCAUCAAGUUGCAGGAUCCGGCCCAGCGAAGCCGCUGCACCCGUGACCUUGUGCGCACUCUCCCUUCCGUCAACCAAGACACCAUGCGUGUCCUCUUCCAGCACCUGUGCCGGGUUGUUGAGCACCAGGAGGAGAACCGCAUGUCUGUGCAGAGCGUGGCCAUCGUGUUCGGGCCGACACUGCUGAAGCCCGAGAGGGACGAAGGCAACAUGACUGUGAACAUGGUGUUCCAGAACCAACUGGUGGAGCUGAUGCUGCAGCAAUGCCACUACAUCUUCCCUGAUGCCUGAGCCUCUGGGCCCGUCUGUCAGCCCCAACCCAGACUGUGCGCUGGGGCUGGGAGCUGAACUGGAGCCUGGGACCCGGGGUGGUAUCCAGGACAGCACUGGAGGGGAGGACUGGUCAAUAAAUGGAGACACUGGA